AUGAAGCAUGAUGCCAUCGUGGAAUCGGGCAUUAAGAUUCUCGAGCGCAUUCCCAUUCCCGAAGAGAUGAUCCCCAGCGACUCGCGGGUCGAGAUCGACGCUAAGAUUAACGCGGGAUACUUCACCACAGGAAAACAGUAUACAAUGGAAGAACUUGCUCAGGUCCGUGGGCGUGGGUGGGAGAAAUGGGAAGACAUCACGGUAAGUGUACCUCAAUUCCUAGCAAUGCUGCGAUACUUUUGA